AUGUUAAAAAUCGAUAAUUUAAAUAUUAUAAAUUAUCAGCGUAUAUAUCUGUUUUAUUAAAUGUUUUGCUAAAAUACAACAAAUAUUAAAAUAUAUAUCAACAUGAGUAAAUUAGUUGUAGAUUUUUCAAAUUUAGUCAUGAGAUUAACAAAGCCAUCGUAAACUUGAAUUGUAAGAAUUAGGAACAUGAGAAUCUUUUCGUGUUUAUAAAAAUUUUCUUCCGCGACUACAAAAACGUGUAAUUAAGUAAGUUCGACUAAUAAGUGUUACAUCUUGGCGACAUUUCCACGAAUGCGAAAAGUCCACGAAGCUUCUAUCGAUAACCAUGUAGAAUCGAAACUCGUGUUAUUCGAUUAUAACGAAUUUCACGUAUUACGUGUACAAAAUUGAACAUAACAAAUUUGUCGUGAUGUGGGUAAUGAUUAAAUUUAGAUAACGCACAGUAAUGAGCAACAUGUGAUAAUAAAAAGUAAGGGCGAAGAGUCUGGAAAAGAAAUUGGUCUUUAGGUGUACAGAAGAUCGUAACGAUACACCAAUGGCCUAUCAAACUUUCCGGCAGGAGUACAUGCAAAUACCUGUGGUGACACGAGCUUAUACAACAGCUUGUGUCAUCACGUCUCUUGCUGUGCAACUAGAUUUGGUAUCACCAUUUCGAUUGUAUUUUAAUCCCACGUUGAUCAUUGAACAAUAUCAGCUAUGGAGAUUGAUAACUACGUUUUUAUUCUUUGGAAAUAUGGGUUUCAAUUUUCUUUUCAAUAUGAUCUUUACUUAUCGAUACUGUCGAAUGUUAGAGGAAGGAUCGUUUCGCAGAAGAACAUCUGACUUUGUAAUGAUGUUCAUUUUUGGGGGCAUGUGCAUGAUCACAAUCGCAUUUUUUGUUAAUUUGUUAUUCCUGGGCCAUGCAUUGACAGUUAUGUUGGUUUACGUUUGGUCUCGGAGAAAUCCAUUUGUCAGAUUAAACUUUUUUGGACUUUUAAAUUUCCAAGCACCGUAUCUGCCUUGGGUGCUUCUUGGUUUUUCUGUGCUUCUUGGUAAUACAAUUUGGGUCGAUCUAGUCGGAAUGGCUGUGGGACAUAUGUAUUACUUUGCAGAAGAUGUGUUUCCGCGCUUACGAGGAGGUUUUCGUGUCCUUAAAACUCCACAAAUACUUAAGACUUUGUUUGACGCACACCCAGAAGAUCCAGAUUAUACUCCACCGCCUGAAGAUCGUCCUGGUGGAUUUAAUUGGGGUCAAGAAGCCAAUAUGCAAUGAUUCUAAAUUCAAGGUCCUGCUUCCAAACCAUCUCUUACCAAUUGGCAUAUCAAGUAAACUUUUACACUGCUACAUACACAACAUUGUUCCUUGAUUUUCCCAGUCACUAACAAAAGUACUAAACAUUUGCAGCCUUGACAUUAUGUGACAUGUAAUGGAAAAAUUAUAACAAAGAUAAGACUUCCAAUUUUCUACAGGGGUUACAAUUUUUCUACAAAAAAAUUUCUGUAUGUAUCUCAGAAUAUAUUAUGCAAGUAAUAUACAUAAAUGAAAACAGUAUUUCUCAGAUAAUCGACUAUUGUGAUAUAUUUAUAGUGCUUACGAUUUUCCGAGAAUACAAAGAAGUUUCAUAUUGAUAACAUAUACGUUAAAAACGAAAUAUUUUGGGGUAUAUCUGUGUUCAUUAAUUAACAUAGCAUAGAUUUCAGAUCAGAUAUCAUUUGCGAAAUUUCUAUAAUUGUAUAAAGUUUAAGAUAUCUACAUGGAAACAAUGCGAACUGUCCUACUCUUAAAUUUCCUUUGAAACUUCAUUUUAGUAAGUAUUUAAUCUAUCAUAAAAUUCGUUUAAAUACUGUUUUCGUAAUAAUUAUAUUAUGCACAGCAUGAAUUUUUACUACAAUCUUGUGCCUGAUACAAUAUACAAUUUUAACCGAAAAUAGAAAAUUACAACUUUUAGAUUUUCGCUGUGUAACAUUUUGUUAAACAAGAAGGGACUUGUAUACUAGAGUAUAAAAUACUAUUUUUAAUGUUUGCAGAAACACAAAAUUGAAACCCCUGAUUCCAAAAGAUUCUAUUGUAAAAAAUCUUACAUAAUCGAAUGAUGUAAAUACUUUUAUUUAUUCUCCUAUUAUAAAUAAUCCUCCAGUCUUUUUUAAUUAUGUAAUAAUACAUUUGAUACCGUGUCUGAAGAUAUAUAAUAUUGUAAAUAACAGAAUACAUCACAGUUUCUUUUUUCAUGGGCAUUUGAUAAAAAAUAAUAUAAAAUAUAGUGUUAUUUAAUUUCAAAAUAAAACAUAAAAUGGCAUUCCUUUUUUGUGAUGUUUAUAAUUUACGAAUAAUUUAAGAAUGAAGAAAAGAUACUAGUAAAUUAACAAAGACAGUUGGUAGUUCAUAGGUAAAUGUAGUUGUUUUCAUUUAUCUGUUUUCUCCUAGUAAACUAAUGACCUUUACCGUCAAUUGAUUGCUCGACUUAGAAUUUAGAAUAUCAUAUUACACGUUAUACUGUGAUGUAUUCAUAUUACUUAUCAAAUGAUUGCAUUCUAGUAUAUAAUAUAAUAAUACGUUUGUUAAACUUAGUAUGACAAUGUGUACAUCGGCAAAAAGCCAAAGUAUUAGAAAGAAUUUCCACUUGAACGAUUAUGUAUUACUUACUAAGUAGAGGAUAGUUAAAACUGUGAGAGACUUGCGCGUGUAACUCGCGUCCUUUUGGAAAAUAAGCGAUGUUCUGUUGCUAGCGCAAUUAAAAAUAUAUCUUAUACUCUGAGUAUACCGUAAGUGUGGAAGUUGUAGUUAUAUCGUCCAAAAGAACGCAGUUAAUAUACCGAAGACUUUAACAAUUUUAACUGCAAGAAUCCAGGCCACGAAAGCCUCGGGGAUUUAACUAGAUAGUAUCCCUCUUGUAAAUAUUAAGUGAAACUGUUAUUUAUAUGACCAUUACAAUGAAAUAAAAUGGUUCAAUUUAGUUUGAAA